CGAGAACAUCUUAUGCACAGCAGCAAAAGAAUGGGGCAGUACCCUUCUCUGAUCAGUGUGAAAUGUUUCAUGGUUCUGGUCUGUAUCUCCAUUCUCAGCUCUGCCAUUUUGGCAAGUGGCCACCCCUUGACAUUGGAUUACUACAAAUCUACAUGCCCGACUGUGUUUGAGAUUGUGAGGAAAGAAAUGGAGUGUCAGGUGCUCUCUGAUCCUCGCAAUGCAGCCUUGAUUGUUCGACUACAUUUCCACGACUGUUUUGUUCAGGGCUGUGAUGGGUCAGUUUUGCUUGAUGACACAAUCAGCUUGCAAGGAGAAAAGAAAGCUUCUACAAAUGUAAACUCCCUAAAAGGAUUCAGAAUCAUUGACAGGAUUAAGAACAAGCUUGAAUCAGAGUGCCCUGGAAUUGUUUCUUGUGCUGAUAUCCUCACCAUUGCUGCCAGAGAUGCUGUGAUUCUGGUUGGUGGACCUUACUGGGAUGUACCAGUGGGAAGAAAGGAUUCAAAAACUGCUAGCUAUGAUCUUGUCCGGGAAAACCUUCCCGGUGCUGAUGAGGGUCUUCUCGGUAUUAUAUCGAAAUUUCUUUAUCAGGGCCUCUCAGUGACUGACAUGGUGGCUCUUUCUGGGGCUCACACCAUUGGUAUGGCACGCUGUGUGAAUUUUCGAGCUAGAAUCUAUGGCGACUUCGAAGCAACAUCAGGGAAGAAUCCAUUAUCCGAUCCAUACCUGAGCAAAUUAAAAUCCAUUUGCCCUGCAACCGGAUCAGGAGACAACAACAUAACAGCCAUGGACAAUGUCACACCAAAUCUUUUUGACAAUUCCUUUUACCAUACUUUGCUGAGAGGGGAAGGGUUGCUCAGCUCGGACCAAGAGAUGUACUCCAGCUUGUUGGGAAUCGAAACGAAAGAGCUCGUCCAGAAAUACGCAGAGGACCCUGUUGCUUUCUUCAAUCAAUUCUCGGAAUCGAUGGUGAAACUGGGAAACAUUAGGAAUUUAGAUAGCUUUGUGAGUGGUGAAGUGAGGAAGAGUUGCAGAUUCGUCAACACUUGAAAAAAAUGAGCUGCAUUUGUUCAAUGAAUUGCGUAGUAAUUGUUUGCAUGUGCCAAAGAAGAAACGAAAUAAAAAGUUUUUAAGUUAAUAGUUUUCAUUGAGUUGCUGAGAAAUUGAAGUUUCCUUUGUACCAAGAAAUUGAAGGAAAUUGAAAGUUUAUGUACGAUUCAUUUUGAACCAACUAUAUUAUAAAGUGGUUCUCCUACUGAAA